AUGGCCGUGAAGUGCCCCAUGCCGCAAUUCGUCGCGCGCUGCUUAGAGGAGAUUGGACUCGAAGGGCGUUGCGGGGUGCCCCUGCGCGAGCUGUUUGAGGUAAUGGACUCAGAAAAUGACAUUACCUAUCGUCGCUAUGCCUGGUGUGUGCUACGCGGUAUGGAGAGCCAGCUGAGCUUCCACGUCAUGCGGCCACUGGAGGUCAGUACUGCUGGUACUGCGGAGAAGAAGCCGAACCUGGACGACUGGACGACGCCGAGGCGCAAGCGCAAGUGGAAGACCACACUUCUCAACACUCCGAGCGUCGACACGCCUGCAGUCAAGACGCGGGUGGACGAUGAUGCGGAGCACACGCUUAAGCGACACAAGAGCAAGAACCAGCCGUUGCAGCCCGUGCUGCCAUCCAUGCGACGUAUUGCAGCUCAGAAACAGCGUCGAAGAUUAUCAGAGUCUGAUUGCGAAGGUAGAGAUAGAUCCGACAGCACGAAGAUCAGCAUUAAAGAGGAAGACGCUGCGGAUGAGACGCAGUGGGUAUUACGAAGUCCACGAGGCUAUCGGCUAGGAGGAGAGGUGGAUGUAGGAGAUCUGAGUUACGAGGAGGCUAUGACGAGCAAUCAGGAUGGUGUACUAGGUAUUGUGGCUUGCGAAACGCUGAGACUCAAGUAUCUUGGCGUUCAGGACGCCACGUUAUUGGACACAAUCUCGCCGCAGUUCGACUUGUUGGAGAUUAUUGGGCGCUCGAGGGUACGCGGCGAAAACGCUGCUGCGUUGACAAACUCACGACUAUUUGGAGACUCACGGAAGUUGCACUACCUGCUGGAUAUGUUGAUUGCCAGUAAUUACGUUGUGAAGAACAUCGUGACGGCUGACCAGAGACGGUUCAACAUGGUUCACUUGACACGCUUCGCCAGCAAGUUCCACCCGUCCAUGAUCUCGCCAUCAGCUGCAAUAUCUCGACAGGCGUUCCCGAAAGAAGCUCUGGCGCAGGUGAUUGUCAAUAUGAUGAAAGCACGAGGUGACAGAACGUGUGUGUUUGCAGACAUUGGACGCGAGUUAGGCUACGGGAAACGUCACCAGGAGCAGUUGCGGAAUUAUUUCAUCCAGCAGAUGAGCGCACAAUUGAAUUUUCCGCUUCAGCUGUUUAUGGCGCGAUGCAAAACUGCCGGUGAAUACAUUGGGCGCAAACUGUGGUGUAUCCGUCUGCGAGAUGGCUCAACCGGUGUAUCUGGUCGACGGCGAGGCUCAUCUGUGACUUUUGAGGAUCUUGGACCUGGUGCGAUGGCUGUAGGCCGCCCGGUGGUUGAACGUGGGAUCAUGGAGCAAAUGUACGUGGCUAUUCAAGACCGAGAAGAGGUUGGAGCCACAGUACCUGAGCUCCGAGAUGUGCUAGGCGUCCCAACGUUCAAACUACCUUACAAAUUGGCACAAGGAUUGAUCUCAAAUUACAAUAUUUCAGUGGAACAAGUUGUUCUGGGUAAGAGCACAAUGUAUCGGAUCACCAACUCGACGGAUAUCAGUGUGGGGGUACGGGUAACCCGUACAACUGAUAAGUAUAGCACACCUAAAGGAGACGACGACGAUGAUGUUAGUGGCCAACCUCAACCAGGCACAAUGAUUCAAGCAGCACGCGGAGUGGUGAGGGCGUCGACGAUCGACAGGCGAAGAAACUACAUACUAAAACGGGUACAGAUGGAGAAGAUUGUGUCGCUGCAUCAAUUACGAACUGGUUUGGUCGAUAUGGAGCGGAUGGCGGAAGCUAGUACCAUGGAUAUCCGCUCCGUCCGCCGUAUUGUGGAUGAACUUGUCGAGGAGAAGAAAAUGAGCACGAUGGAUAUUACCCUGCCGCCGAAACAGGUACUUAAGAAAGCACAUCGAAAGGUAAAGUGCGCAGUGCUGCUGGGAUAUCAGCGCAGUCGUGAAUCAAUCCGAGAGUUUAUUAAAGCAUACGAGGAGGAGCAACAGCGGAAAUACCAGGCGAAUCUUGUGGACCACGAUAAUGACGAUUAUGUCGUGGAACCGCGUGACCAGGAGGUUGUCCAGUAUAGCGCCGUGUCUUACAAGCUGGCGCGGCUUGGGCUGGCGAAACUACAGAAGCAAAGUCGUGGGCUUGGGAUGUUUUUCGGCAUGAUGUUUAAGUGUCGAGCAUUCCACUUUUUGAUUUGGGAUCGAAUUGAGCGCUUAACCCCUCGCUAUGUACUAGAUCUUUUGACUGUAAAGGAGUAUAUCCAGCUGGUUGGUGUCCCGGAACUGCUGACGGACCGAGAAGAAGCAGCAGUUAGGCUAGCUAUGUCGAAGGGUGGCUCGUGGGACGUGCUGCCCGAAUCGCUUGUGGAGAAACUUCGAGGAUGCGAAGCGGAUCGGUUCUCGAAGAUCGUGCGUGUCUUACUCGAUCUGAGGCUUCUUCAGGUGGUGCAUGAUACGUCUUCGCCAGGCCUUUUUAACGUUUUCCAGACAUCAGACGACUUCGAUUCGAUUGUUUCAAGAGUGGCGUUUGCGACGUUAUCAGGUGGAUUGUUCAAGAUCAAGUGUCGUGUUCGUAUCAGCGUCAAACAAGGCACACGCGUGUUGCAUCGGCUUCCAUCCGAGCAUUCGUAUGCUUACGCACCGGGUUUUUCGUGCAAGAGCAAGAGUGACCACUUCGCCGGGCGAGUUCCUCUGGAAUUCGAUUUUAACGGAAUGGAGGAUGUAAAAGCGUAUUGGAAGGCGCUACGCUUUUUGAGCGUCGAGGGGGCUCGAUUAGGUACUGCGUCGCCGGAUCCUAAUAGCGUAAGCAUCAAGCUGGACGGCGCUCUUAUUCAAUCAGCUCCGCUAUCAGAGCACAAUAUCUACGUUCUUAAAGCGUGGGUUCCUCACUCCACAACGACGACAAGAAACAGUACGGCUCGAGCCAAAGCGGCCGCAGGACCGAUUCAGAUGCUGAAGCGCAAACGCUAUCAAUCAGGUGUGUCAGCAGGGGAGGAGUCUUCGCAGAAACGACGCAAGAUUGCAAAAAAUAGCAAUGGCAGUAUUUCGGCAUUGAUGACUCCUGCUGAUACGAGUGAAGCUGGUGUCAGCAAGUUCCGCAAGCACGUUGGGGCCAAGAGAACGCGUCGAACCAUGACGUGGAACCUUGAAGACGAUUUACGACUGAUAGACCUCUACCUUGAGCAAAUGUCGUGUCGGUGGUUUGUUGAGGUGCCUCUAGCACUUCAAUCAAAAGAUGAGCGGGUUGCGUUCCGGACGACGAACUUGACGCGCACGUUGAUCUCGUGGAAGGAGCUUGGUAACGUCUUCAAGAAGAAACCGGUCGAGUGUAUGCUCCGUGUAAAUGAUUUACUAGAAGCACCAGCUAUUCAAGCCAGACUGGAGAGAGCGAAGGUCACCAUCACGCAGAUGAAAAACCCAGGUGGAGCCUUCCACGAGGAAGCUGCCAUCAUGAGCCAGCCACGAUUGACUGCAUUGCUGUGUCGGGCAUUGCAAGUGAUUCUCCACGAGCGUUCCAGCUAUUACUCUGUUCUAGCGGAUGCACUUAUGAGUAGCUGGGAAGAGAGUGAAGUGAAGUUGGUGUGGAGGUACUUGUGGCUGGCAGGAUUGAUAACACGGACGCCUCAAGCGAAUGAAGGCAAGAACCAAAAGCAGCGAGGCUUUCAAGUCCACUCGAAGGUCUUUGAAAUGAAAAGCUUGAAGAUUCCUCACUAUUUGAUGGAGACUUUCUGCGAGGCCGCCAAGUAUUCGUCGUUUGUAAACGAAAACGUCGAUGAAGCCACGAUGGUGGCUGAGGAGAAUGAUCGCUACUUUGAGCAUGAAAUCGAAGCGAAUAUGCCGCCAGGACAAGCUGCAGUGGCAUUAUCGUCCAUGGUUUCGGGGUUCUCUCAGCUCGUUCCGUCGUAUGUGACGCCUGCAGUUAAAGGUUUGGCAGGUCACUUGUCGCGACAAUGGGGUGGCGUGUUUCCAGAGGAUUUUUUGAAAGAAUAUUGGGCGGUGAAGUCAGUGUUUGGAGUGGCUGACGAAGUGACACAAGCGCAAAAUAUUAAGGCGAUGGAGGCCUUUUCCGGUACUCAGGCGUGA